CCUCUCUAUAUAACAUCUCCCUCGUAGUAACAUCAACUUACAAACACACAGCAACAAGCAAUGCAGAUAAAUCGAGGAAUUAUUCAACAAACAUUGCUGGUAUUAUAUUUUCUUCUGAGUUAUACUGAGGUUCAAGGAGAAAUAAAACUAUCAGAAGUAGAGGAUCAAGAGUUGGAAAGACAACUUAAACUUUUGAACAAACCUGCAAUCACAACCAUUAAGACUAAGUAUGGAGAUAUAUAUGAUUGUGUGGAUUUUUACAAGCAACCUGCAUUUGAUCAUCCAUCGUUGAAGAAUCACAAUUUUCAUCCGAAGAUGAAGCCUACCUUACCUAGGAUAAUGCAAACUUCAGUUCCCCCAACAACUAAUAAGUCAUCGACGAUAUGGCUAAACGAUCGAGGUUGUCCUUUAGGAUCAGUUCCUAUCAAAAGAGUUACUAAAGAUGAUCUUAUCAGACAAAGACUUAUGCCACCACCCGAAGAUGUCGCACUUUAUACUCAAUUUGGUAAGACUAGCAACCACAGUAGUGAGCUGAAAAGAAGAUUCUUAUCUGCAAAAGGAUACAGGGUUGCAAUAGUUUCAACUCCAAAUGAUCCGAAAAACAAGUUCGGGGGAGCUGGAAUGACAGCUACUAUAUGGAAGCCUUAUGCUAAGGGUCAGCAGCAUAGCGGAUGCCGAUUGAAAGUUCAAAAAGGACCAGACGUUGUACAAGUUGGUUGGAGAGUGGAUCCAACAUUAUAUGGCGAUAGUAAAACUAGGAGGUUUAUACAUUUUCAGGCCGGUAAAAAGCAUUGCUUCAAUACACUAUGUCCUGGAUUUGUACUAGUAGAUAACCAACUACCAAUUGAAGCGCCAUUUACUAAAACUUCACGCCGUGGAGAUCCUAAGCACAUAUUUGAAUAUCCAAUGUACAUCGAUCGGGAUCUAGUGAAUGGAAAUUGGUGGGUUUUGCUUGAAGAAACCCAUAAAGAACUCGGUUUUUGGCCUCAACACAUCUUCACUGACUUGGCAACCUUUGCUACGAACAUUGAAUGGGGAGGAAUGGCUUAUAGCCCCGCAAACAUACCUGAACCUCCCAUGGGCUCCGGUUUUUUCCCCGUUAGAAAAUUUCAAUAUGACGCUUCAUGCAGGAAAAUUAUAGUAUUAAACUAUAAAGGUGAGACCAUAGAUGUAACAACGACCCCACACAGUGAUAAUCCUAAUUUCUACAAGGUUUUCGAUCUUCCAAAUGGAAUAAAUGAAAUGUUUAAGCACAUUAUUUUUUACGGGGGGCCUGGUUCAAUUGAUAACUCUUAAGUCUCCUUGUUUAUUUUGACCAGAAAUAAAAAGUCUCCUUGUUUAUGUA